AUGAAGUUCCUCUCUUGGAAUUGUAGGGGCAUUGUCAAUGGGUGGGUCAAAAAGCACGUGAAAGAGUUGCUUAACACGUCCAAAGCUGAUGCCUUAUGUCUCUUGGAGAUCCGCUCCCUUAAAGCUCAAGGGAUGAUUAAUCUUGUUAGUCGUCUUGGUUAUACUAAACAUUUUCUUGUUGAACCGUUGGGUUUUGCAGGAGGCUUACUCUUAUUCUGGAAGCACGAAUACAUCAAUCUGGAAGUGAUUGGUCAUUCUUCGCAGUCCAUUCAUACAAGAGUCAAGAUAGGUUUAGUUGAUAUGUUUUUUACCUUUGCUUACGUCAGACCAAACCUGGUGGCAAAGAAAAGGUUCUGGGAUAAUUGUAAGGUCUUGGGGGAUAACCUGCAAGGACCUUGGAUUGUCAUAGGGGACCUGAAUGACAUCGCCUCGGGAGAGGAACAAUGGGGUAGUGAGUCAACUUGUAACACGAGCUUACAAAGAUUUGUUGAUGCAUAUAGUAGUUGCGGCUUGUUCGACCCUGGGCAUGUAGGGCCCAAGUUCACGUGGUGUAAGACUGUGGGGAACAGGGUAACUCAAAUGCAUAGAUUGGAUAGAGCUCUUUGGAAUACGGAAGCGCAAUUGGCUUUCCCGGAGGGAAAAACUGUCGUUCUACCAAUAUUAUGCUCAGAUCAUAAUCCAAUUCUCUUUAUGGACGCGGCCGGUUUACCCCCUAACCAGAAUUCUCGUCCAAGGCGGUUCGAAGCAGCUUGGCUGACUAGAGAAGACUAUGGUACAAUUUGGAAAGACGCCACCAGGAUCAGGGACCGUAGCAUGGCCGAUAUUAUUACGGACAUCACUGAACAGAGUUUUUCGUGGAAUCGGAAUGUUUUUGGUAAUAUCUUCAACAGAAAGAGGCAUUUGGAAGCGAGAAUUUUAGGAAUUCAACAGGCGUUGAGUUACACAUCGUUAGCUAGCCUACAGGCCCUAGAAAGAAAGCUCAUUAGAGAACUUAAUGAUGUUCUUGACCAAGAAGAAGCUUUAUGGUUCCAGAAAUCGAGAAAAGACUGGAUUAGAGAUGGAGACAGGAACACCCGUUUCUACCACACAGCAACGGUGAUUAAAAGGAACAGGGGUCGGGUCCGAUUCUUGAAAAUCCAAGGAAGUUGGACGGACGAACCCGCAACCGUGUCUAACCAUAUUAUUAAUUAUUAUGUUUCCCUCUUUUGCAGGUUGCCUAGAGAAGAUGGAGGGAACCUUGCCCAAAUUGAGCCGAACCGCAAAAUAACUACGGAACAAGCGAACAGGCUGUGUGGGAGGGUCACAAUCGACGAAGUUAAAAAGGCGGUGUUUGGUAUGAAGAAAUAUGGUAGCCCUGGUCCGGAUGGGAUACCGGUUAUCUUCUAUCAGCAUUUUUGGGAAGAGGUGGGUACAGUCUUAACUGACAUGGUCAACCAAGCGCUGGAAACAGGUAUGGUUCACAAGUCCCUCUUACAGGCAUGCAUGACUCUGAUCCCGAAAAAAGAUACCCCGGAGACGGCUGCGGACUUUAGACCCAUUACCUUACUGAAUGUGGCUUUUAAAGUUAUCUCUAAAGUUUUAGUUAACAGAAUGAGACCCAUCAUGUGUAAGCUGAUCAGACCCCAUCAAAACAGUUUCCUGCCGGGUCGAUCGACGCUCGACAAUGUGAUUCUCACUCAGGAGAUUAUUCAUAACAUGCACAAAAGAAAUGGUAAGAAGGGACUUAUGGCGGUUAAAAUUGACCUCCAGAAAGCCUAUGAUAGUGUCGAUUGGGAGUUUUUGGGAGAUACGCUGGAAGGUUUUGGCUUCCCGAAAAAAGUUAUCGACCUUAUUCUAUUUGCGCUCAAGGAAUGUGACAUCUCUAUUAUCUGGAACGGUGGCCGGUUACCGUCUUUUAAACCCGGGCGCAGUCUCAGGCAGGGGGACCCCCUUGCACCCUACCUUUUCAACCUUGUCAUGGAGAGACUUGCUUAUGAUAUCCAUAAAGAGGUUUCUCUAGGAGAUUGGAAACCCAUCCGCAUCUCUAGAGGAAGGACGAGUAUAUCCCACCUCUUCUUCGCCGACGAUUUAAUGCUCUUUAGUGAAGCUACAGAACACCAAGCUAAUAAAAUGAUGGAGUGCCUACGCAGACUCAGCAAGGACUCAGGGUUGAAGGUAAACUUUACCAAAUCUCAGAUUUUUUGCUCACCCAACACUAAUGCAAGUACGAAGCAUCGUAUUGCGGAUUGUAUGGGCAUCCCCCUUUCGCCUCACUUGGACUCCUACCUCGGAAUUCCCAUUCUUAACAAGAUGGUGUCGAAACAGACGUUCAAUUACGUGAUCGAUAAAAUGAGAAAGAAGCUCGCCAUGUGGCAAGCCGAUUCUCUUAGCAUGGCAGGAAGGAGAGUUCUUGUUCAAUCGGCCCUCGCCACGAUUCCGACGUAUACCAUGCAAUCAAUGGCACUUCCAGUAAGUACCUGUAGCGAAAUUGAUAAAAUCUGCAGGAACUUCUUAUGGGGGCACUCCGAGGACACAAGGAAAAUACACAUAGUCAGUUGGGCGGAGGUGUGCAAACCCCGUGAUGAGGGGGGCCUGGGUCUAAGGAGAGCAAGGGAUUUUAAUAUGGCCUUUCUUACGAAAUUGGGUUGGCAAAUGUUGACCAAUGAGACCAAACUUUGGGUGCAAGUAAUGAAGGAGAAAUACGGGAGUAAUGGGGACUUACUUAACACUAAUAAGUCCAAUUGCUCUUGGGGCUGGCGUAGCAUCAUGAAAGGCAAGAGGCCUAUCCCAACUUACCCCAACGUACAGGUUCCGACAAAUAGCAGCAAUGUUUUUGUCAAUCAAUUCAUCGGCCGCGAUAGAAACUGGGACGCCAAUGCUCUUGCAGACCUCGUCCCCGAAAGCAUUCUUAAUGCCAUCCGUGCCUCUCCGAUCCCGGUCAGAGACGACCAAGCUGAUACGCGCUCAUGGUCGCACUCAGGUAACCAAGAUGAAGAGGGUCCUUAUGGUUGGGUGUGGAAAAUCAAGUGCACCGAACACGUGAAAUUGUUCAUUUGGAAAAUCAUUCACAACGGGCUGCUUGUCAACUCAGAAAGGCGGAAAAGAGGGUUAGCGACACAAGGCGACUGCCCAAAUUGCGAUGAAGGAGAAGAAACUUUGGACCACAUCUUUCGACGCUGUCAUGUGGCUGUUGAUUGUUGGAGGUUGGUUAAUGGUCCAGCAAGAUUCAACGCAAGUUCACACGUUCCACUUGUACGAUGGAUUGAAGAAAACUGCACAGGUACAAGGGGUGGUUCCAAGAACAACAAUUGGAGCUCCUUCUUCCCGUGCGUCCUCUGGAACUUAUGGAAGGCCAGAAACCAGUUCGUGUUCAAGAGCUCCCUCAUUCCUGCAAGCGUGACCUACCGAAAAGCGAGCCAGGAAGCCCAGGAAGCACAUAACAUCUUGGUCAGAAGUUUCAUUGAUGAGUUGUGGGGUCUCCGGGAAGGUUUGAAGAUCGCAGUAAACCGGGGGCUCAAGAAACUCAUUGUGGAAACUGACUCAAAUGCUAUGAUUCAAGCCUUGAGCAAAGACGCAGACUCGCGUCCGGAAGCCGACACCUUAAUCGCGGACUGCAAAUUCCUUUUGAGUAAAAUUCAAGAGUUAGAGUUGGCCCAUGUUUUCAGAGAAGGGAAUCAAUGUGCCGACUAUCUCGCGAACAUGGGACAAGACAACCACUGGGGGACUUUAAUUCUUAAUCGCCCACCUGAUGGGGUCAUUAACAUCCUCUCCAGGGACGCCAUGAACGUCGCAACAAGGAGGAUUCGCUAG